UCGCUGCAGCUUCAGCGCGCCUGCAGAACGAGUGUCUCCGAGGAGGAAAGCGAGGGAAGAGGCGCAGUGCAAAAUAGGAGGAGGAGGGGGGCUUGUGUUUCACAUCAGAGGAGCAGCAGGAGAGAGAGAAAACAACGGCCUGAAAGUGAGGAUAAGGUGUCGGAUAGCUAAAGCAGAGGGGGAGAAAAAACAAAAAACAGAAGAGCCGCUACUCUUGUAUCGGAAAAUGGAGCUGCCCGCCGCGGGAGAGCACGUCUUUGCGGUGGAGAGCAUCGAGAAGAAGCGCAGCAGAAAGGGGAGGUUUGAGUAUCUGGUCAAGUGGCGAGGAUGGUCUCCAAAGUACAACACGUGGGAACCAGAAGAAAACAUCCUGGACCCAAGACUGCUGGAUGCCUUUCAAGACAGAGAACGCCAUGAGCAGCUGAUGGGAUAUCGCAAGAGAGGACCCAAGCCCAAGCACCUUCUGGUUCAGGUUCCUUCUUUUGCUCGGCGAUCCAGUCUUCUGGCCGACCUUCAUGAGGCGUCCCUGGAAGAGGACAGCUGUCAGAAGGCCAGCCCCAUCCAGAUGCUCCGUCCCCAGGGCCAGCACUACCAGCUAAACAGCAAGAAGCACCACCAGUACCAGCCGCUGUGCAGGGAGCGCGAGGCCGAGCAGCAACAGGCCAACGGCAAGAAGUUCUACUACCAGCUCAACAGCAAGAAGCACCACCACUACCAGCCGGACCUCAAGGGCCAAGAGGCCAUAUUUGUUAAACCCCGAGAGGUAAAAGCGCCAGAGCUGGCUAACAAGGGAUACAACCUUCCCCCAGUGCUGCAGCAAAAGUGGGUCCGGGACAAGGACUCUGGCUGCCUGACCAAAGUCAAGGAUAUCACCAUGGAGCUGAAGAAGCUUCCGGCGGACCUGAAUGGCCACAAAGAGCCGGAGAAGGUGAAACCCAAAGAGGAUGCUCUAGCGCAGUCUAAUGGUGUCAGCAACGGCAAGCUAAAGAUCGUGAAGAACAAAAACAAGAACGGGCGGAUUGUUAUUGUCAUGAGCAAGUACAUGGAAAAUGGAAUGAAAGCGGCUAAGGUUAAAAAUGGCGACUCUGAAACCGCUGGAAGGCCGUCGCAAGGAACCGACAGCAGCACGGAGAACCACCUCGAGAAGAUGAAGCUGGUCAAGAAGCUCGGCCUCAUGAAUGGAUUUGCAAAAAGCCCCAAAGACAAACCAACAGUUCCCAGUUCUGGAUUUAACGGACGUUACCCCACAGAAAAGGAACUGUGCCCCAAAACGGCGCCAACUGUGACGGAACAGGAUAAACAUGUCGAGGUCAGGGGUCAGGGGAAGCUUUCAGCGGAUCAGCCUUUACAAUUGACAACCAAGCCUAAUCUGCUCUCCCUGCCUUUGGAUAGGGGAGUUCCCUCCCCACUGGACAAAAGAGGAAGCCAAGGUGGAUUUCAAGGUUUGAAGCGGCACCUCUCUGACACCGACAGCGAGGAUCACGGGAGCAGUAAGAGGUUUUUGAGCUCCAGGAGUAUUAGCGCUCCUAACGCAGUGUCCUCGCCCACCCAAAGCAUCAGCAUCGACCAAAACGGACACCAGAGUCACAUCGGACUGCAGGAUUGUGGGUACGCAGACCAAGAGGAACCUAUCGACCUGAGCAUUGUCAAGUCCAGGCCUAACGCAGCCCGGCCUGAAACACACACACAACCUCAGACUGAAACACAAGCGCACACACAGGAUGAAACGGACACACAAGCUCUAACACAAACGGACGUGCAGACAGACACUCAGAGUGAAACUGAAAUCAAUAAAGAGGAGGAGAAUAUUAACUCAUUGUCGGUUUCUAACCACGAAAAGACAAAAGAAGAGACAUUUCCCUCUUUACAGCCUUUCCUCGGGAAUAUAGUGAUCACAGACAUUACUACAAACUGCCUCACAGUCACGUUUAAGGAAUACAUCACAGUGUAACUGAACUGGAUACCAACUGUAUAAAUGUACAUUAGAUAUAUUUGUAUUUUCGGAUGCUUGAAUGUACUAAUGGACCCUUGAUGUUGUUUUCAUUUUGUAUAGUUCAGAUAAAAAAAAAGGUCCUUUAAUUGCAUUUUUUGCAUAUUUCUACUUAUAACUCUCUGUUGUUAUUGCUGGAGAUUUAAUCACAUGCAGUAUCUAAUUUUUCGCUAUUUCAAACUUAGUUUAAAAAGCUAAAUUAGGUAAAAUAAAUGUCUGAACUUUGAUUGAAGAUGCACUUAACUCUUGUAAAUAGUCUUCACUUUUCUAUGGAUGUAAUUUGAUUAUACACUCAACUGUCUGCAUCUCAGAAACAAAUGUUAAACAAAUGUAGGCUAUAGAGAAUUUUGUAAGGAAGAAAAAUUAUAUUGAAACAUGGUAAAUUACACUGUGUGUGUGUGUAUGGGUGUGUGCGUGUGGGUGUGAACAGAUGGACAGAUUUAAACAAGGAUGCAUGCUGCUUGGAUAGAUUAUGCUAUUAGGCAUGCUUAAACAAGCAGAUAAGGGGAAAAAAGAUGCGCCUUUCUGUCAAUAAAUGUGAUUUGUGUUGUUGAAAGGGAACGUGGGAUGUUCUUUAAAUGAAAGAUUAUUAACGGUUAAUGUUUGAUACCGAUUUAGUGUUUUUUGAGUCAUGCAUCUCCAGAUCUGAUACUGAGCACAAGUCACUUCCAUUAAUGCAGCAGACAUACAACCCUGGGACUCUUAUUUAUUUUAUGUUCUGUAGCAGUGCAGUUACAAAAAGAAAUCCCCUUUUUUUUCAAUUGAAUCACAUAUAUCAGUCACGAAUCUGUGUGAACGCUGCCAGUUGAGCUGUGUAAUCUAAUAGAUUAGUACCACCAGCUGGGUGCUCUGUGAUCCAGUUUGUCAUGUUUCCGUUCUCUCUGCCUCCACAGUUAUGUAUGGGAUUGAAUGGAUUUGUCCUGGUGUCAUAUUUUAGUAACUUUUGCAACGUUGCGUUAAUGUGAAAGCACACAUUCUUGUUAUAAUCAGAUCUGUUCCCUUGUGUCAUACAUGCCCCCCCCUCUCCUGUUUUCAAAAUCCCUUCCAGCACUAUGUGAUCUGAGGUGCAUUGAACUGCUCUGAGAACUGUGAUCAGAUGCACUUUGGAUGUUUUGUGUGCAGACUAAAAAAAAACAUGAAGGCUUCCUAUGAUACAUUUUGCAAUAAUAAA